AUGAACGAACACCGGCCACCACCACCGCCUGUACGCGUGGAUUCAAUUUCAAGUCUUGAAAUGAAGCCUCUUCCUCGUCGACCAGAUGAUGACUUGAAUAAAAAGAAAAAAACGAAUAGUAAAGAUUGGACAAAAAAAGAUCCAUCAAAAUUAACAAUCUCACGUCCAACAAAUUUUAAUCAUCCGAUUCAUGUAACGUACAAUUCAUCAACAGGGGAAUUCGAUGGUAUGCCAGAAGUAUGGUCAAGUCUAUUACAAAGUUCAAAAAUAACGAAACAAGAACAAAAACAAAAUCCCCAAGCUGUUAUUCAUGCAUUAGAUUUUUAUCAACAUGCUGCACAAAAAAGAGAAUCAAAAUUUAUGUAUUCGUCUUAUAAAAAUUUAACACCGCCUAUAUCCGGUGAUUUAGCCGAUAAAUUUCGUCAAACAGUCAUUCUGGUUUCAGAUAAAUCUACAACAUCCGUUGAACAAAGUUCGAAUCGUUACGAUAAUGAUCAAUUACCACCUCCGAUUGCUGCAAGACCAGAAAAAACUAAAAGCAUUUACACGAGACCAAUAGAUGAUGAUAACAGUAAAUUAAUAUCCGCAAAUGGAGAUAAAUCAAAACGAAAACAAUUGAGUGAUGAGGAAAUCUAUGGAAAAUUACGGCUGAUUGUUUCACAUGGUGAUCCGAAUAAAAAAUAUAAAAGUAAAGAUAAAAUUGGACAAGGUGCUAGUGGAACAGUACUAUUAGCAUAUGAAAUAGCAACGGGUGAAGAAGUUGCCAUUAAACAAAUGAAUUUAGCUAAUCAACCAAAGAAAGAAUUGAUUAUUAAUGAAAUAGCUGUUAUGAAACAUAAUCGACACAUAAAUAUCGUUAAUUAUAAAGAUUCUUAUUUACUUGAUGAAGAACUUUGGGUUGUUAUGGAAUAUCUUCCAGGUGGAUCAUUGACAGAUGUUGUUACUGAGACAAUUAUGGAAGAGGGACAUAUUGCAGCUGUGUGUCGCGAAGUUUUACAAGCUUUAGAAUUUCUUCAUAAAAACCAUGUUAUUCAUCGAGAUAUUAAAAGUGAUAAUAUUCUAUUAGGAAACGAAGGAAAUGUCAAAUUAACGGAUUUUGGAUUUUGUGCUCAAAUCAAUCAAGAUCAAUCGAAACGGCAAACUAUGGUUGGCACGCCUUAUUGGAUGGCACCAGAAGUAGUCACUAGAAAACAGUAUGGACCAAAAGUAGAUAUCUGGAGUUUGGGAAUAAUGGCAAUUGAAAUGAUUGAAGGAGAGCCGCCAUAUCUUAAUGAAAGCCCAUUACGAGCUCUUUAUUUAAUUGCAACUAAUGGUAAACCAGAUAUCGUGGGUCGAGAAAAACUGUCAUCUUUAUUUGAAGAUUUCCUUGAUCAAUGUCUUGAAGUAGAUGUUGAUAAACGUGCUACUGCAUCACAACUUCUUCAACAUCCAUUUUUGAAAAUGUCAAAACCAUUAGUAAGUUUGGUACCUUUAAUAAAUGCAGCAAGAGAAAGUAUAAAGCGCAACGCUUAA